UAUGUUGAUGGUGCGAGCCGCGAUGAGACUUAGUGUUGUCCUGGUGCUGGGGUUGGCUGUCCUCGCCUCCGCCGCCACCUCCUACCAUGGGUACAAGGUAGUGAGUGUGUGGCCCAAGACCCACCAUGAGUCGUGGACGGUGCAACAGUUGGUGAGUGGUUGGGAGCUGGACCAGUGGUCGUCGUCUCGGGGCCUGGGGUCGCCCGUCGACCUCCUCCUCCCCCCUAAGUUGACCAAGAGGUUCCUCGCCGCUCUCAGCCAACAACACAUCCACGUCACUGUUAAGAUCAACGACGUCCAGCAGCUGAUUGAGCAGCAGGGUCCUGGCCACAAGAGGAGGUCCACUCUCCCUGGCACAUUUGACCACACCGUCUACCACAAUCUUGGCGAGAUCUACUCCAUCCUGGACGGCGCUGUGGCAGCCUUCCCACACCUCGUGUCUCUCUACACUGCUGGCACCACGUAUGAGGGAAGAGAUAUUCGCGUCGCAAAGGUUUCCAGCGGAGAGCCCAAGCCAGUGAUAUGGAUUGAUUGUGGGAUCCACGCGCGGGAGUGGAUUAGUUCAGCCACCUGCCAGUACAUCCUGGACCAGCUGACCUCUGGGUACGGCAGUGAUGGUCAGGUCACCGACCUCCUCGACACUUACGACUUCCAUAUUAUGCCCUGCGCCAACCCCGACGGCUAUAAUUACACCUGGAAUGAAGACCGACUGUGGCGCAAGAACCGCUCGCCCCACACCCUCUGUAAGGGCGUCGACUGUAACCGCAACUUUGAUUCUGACUUUGGGGGCGCCGGCACCUCUGACAUCCCAUGUUCUGAUUUAUACCACGGCCCGUCAGCGUUCUCGGAGAGGGAGUCGGCGGCGGUGCGGGACGCCGUCUUGGCUCUGGACGACGUCGCCAUGUUCUACAGUCUCCACUCGUACGCCCAACUGUGGAUGACACCCUACGGCUACACCACCGACCUGCCCGCCAACUAUGACGAACAGGUCCGUGUGGCUGAGGUGAGCGUGCGGGCCCUGGAGGCCGUCCAUGGCACCCAGUAUCAGUAUGGCAACAUUGCUGAUAUUAUCUACAUGGCGGCGGGCGGCAGUAUAGACUGGGUGUACGACACCGCCAAGGUGCCGUACACGUACGGCGUGGAGCUGCGGGACCAGGGCGAGUACGGCUUCCUCCUCCCGGAGGACCAGAUCCUGCCCACGGGGGAGGAGACCUGGGCCGGCAUAGUGGCCGGCAUCAAUGCCAUUUAACCUUG